AUGAAAAUUGCAAUUCUGAUACUGAUUUACUUAAAUAUAAUUUGAAGCGUAAUUGGGGAGUCAGAGUUCAUUAUAUCUCAAGUCAAAAACACAGAUGGACACACCCACGGAGAAUCCACACAAUUAGCAAAUAUUGAUAAUACCGAAGAAAAUAGCAAAAAUGAUAAAAUACUUUAUACAUUUAUUUUUAGCUUUGUUGGAUGCGUUAUUUGCUGCGGAUUAAUCCAAGCUAUUUUGAUUCUAAGCAAAAGAAUGAAUGGUGAAUUAAGUUCUUUGAGAAGAAACUAUAAGCAGCAUCAAGGUCUAUUAAAAUUUAGGGAAUUCCGAUAUGCAUAUGAGAAAGAAAAAAUUAGAUACGAACAGAUUAAUAAGGAUGCCAGUACACUAAGAUAG